AUGGAAGACAAGCCUUUACGAGUACUCGCAUGUGGUGACGUUGAAGGAAGAAUAAAUGCUUUGUUCAACCGGUUGUUGCUGUGUGUUGGUGAAUUUUUUGGAACUUCUCCUGAGGCGGAGGCAGAAUGGGAGGCAUACAAAUCUGGUGCAAAAAAGGCACCCAUUCACACAUAUAUUCUCGGCGCAGCCAGCCAAGAGACUGUGAAGUAUCUCCCAAACUCUGAUGGCUGCGAGUUGGCAGAAAACAUCACAUGUUUGGGGCGAAGAGGUUUCACUGGGGCAUCGGGGCUUCAGAUUGCCUAUGUCAGUGGCAGAGAGGCUCAGCAGGAACCUGCUCCCUCACACUGCUUCACCUCUAAAGAUAUCAUUGGCCUGGCGGCCCCACUGCUGUCUAACUCCAAAUUUCGAGGAGUGGACAUUCUCCUGACCUCCCAGUGGCCUCGAGGCGUAUGGCAGUAUGGAAACAGUCCCGAAACUGAUACAAGGUUUUGUGGGGUUUCGUCCAUCGCAGAUCUCGCUGACAAACUGAAGCCCCGCUACCAUUUUGCGGGACUGGAAGCGGUCCAUUACGAGAGGCUGCCUUACAGGAAUCAUGUAGUCCUUCAAGAGAAUGCUCAGCAUGUCAGUAGAUUCAUCGCCCUGGCAACAGUCAACAAUCCUGCCAAGAAGAAGUAUUUGUAUGCAUUCAACAUUGUCCCGAUGAAAAACAUGGACCCCGCAGAGUUAGUCAAGCAGCCUCAGGAUGUCACAGAAAAUCCCUACAGGAAACCUACGAAAGAUGGGAGGAAAGAAAAACCGCCACCCUCUAUGACAGCCGCGGAGGAGGAACCAGUAUCCCAGUUCUUUUUUGAUCUGGGCCAAAAGAAGCCACAGCACCAGCAACGUCACCAUGACAGGAAGAGACAAACAGAUGGAGACAGACCGAAUUACCCCAAACAGCCCCGAAGACCCCCACAGCCCACCGGACCCUGUUGGUUCUGCCUUGCAAGUCCAGAAGUCGAGAAGCACUUGGUCAUAAGCAUUGGAACACAUUGUUACAUGGCUCUCGCUAAGGGUGGUCUCACCCCCGACCAUGUUCUCCUGCUGCCCAUCGGGCAUUACCAGUCAGUGGUGGAUUUGGCAUCGGAGGUGGUUGAAGAGAUGGAGAAAUACAAGAGUGCCGUCAAGAAGUUCUGUAAAAGCAGAGCGCAGCGGUGCAUCAUGUUUGAGAGGAACUACCGUAGCCAGCACCUUCAACUACAGGUAGUGCCGGUGUCCAUGGAGAAGUGCAGUACAGAAGACAUCAAGGAGGCGUUCAUGACGCAAGCUGAAGAGCAGCAGAUGGAACUGAUGGAGAUUCCAGCUCAUACAGACCUCAAACAGGUACCUUCCAUCUGAGUCCAUCUCAGACUGAAAACA